UUUCCAUCCAUCCGCACCUUCGUAUCCUCCUCAGUCGUGCGUCAAAAUGGCAGGGCCUGACAAGCCAGACAAGGCCGGCAGUGCUGCAGCUGAAGGCUCGUCAUCAAAAGACAGCAGCAAUGCGCAACGCUUCACGCCCGUCCAAUCGUCAUCCACCGAAGACAAUGCAGCCCCUCCUACCUCGACAUCCUCCUCAUCCCUCACCACCUCGGUAGUGAUCGAGUACCUCCGCACGCGCGGAUUUGAGCGUAGUGAGCAAGUGCUCAAAGCCGAGCUUGAAGCUCUGGCUGCGGGAAAGAGCCCUGAAGAGGCUCAGGCUGCCGGUGUUGCCGCGGGUGGGACUCCGUACGCUCGGACGCUGAGCAUGGGCGAGCUGGCUAGCAAGAGCGCGCCGCGUGAUCUGGCCGGGGCUGCCGCUGGAGAGAAAGGCCAAGCAUCAGGAGCAGGAGGAGCAGCCAACCCUGGGCCCCUCGAGGUGCUAGCAGCCGACGCUCUCAAGAUCGACCGAACGGACCGCACAAGAGGGUUCGGCAUGGUCCGCAAUUGGUGCCAAGGUGGGCUGGACGUGUACCAAGCCGAGCUGCGACCCCUUCUCCUGCCGCUCUUUGUUCACUCCUACCUCGACCUGGUCGAGAUGGGAUUAGAUGCGGCAGCCGCCUCCCUCCUGGCCCUGCACGGGGACUCGCUCCUCCCUCUUCACCCAGGCCUCCUCGCCCAUCUGCGCUCUGUUACACGCCGCGUCCAUAUGGGCGCCGAUGAGCUCGUACAGCGCUUCAGAGCCGAGCGGUAUGUCCUCAAGAUGAGUCAGACAGUAUUCGGCCUCCUCCUUGGCUGGCUGACCGAUGGGACUGGCCCCGUAGCGUCCGCGGGGGCGGGUGAGGGAGUAGGGGGAAACGAGGCUGAGCCACCUGCAACUCGGGGCAGGUUGGCGAUGCUUCGCAUCAUCAAUGAGCGAUGUAGAAUCCAGGUUCUGAGGGCGAAACCGUAUGAGUUGACGCCAGAGAUGCUUGAGGAGGGGACAGGCUUGACGAGCGCGGGGCCUUCGUACUCUGCUGUUGGCACUGGCCCUGCGGGAGGUAGCAAGCGUGGUGCAGCAUCAACCUCAUCGACGGGCGCAUCCCGUGACUACCCAGCCUUGCAAUCCGCAGCCGUCUCGCAAGGAGGAGACGCCAUCGCUGAAUUUAAUGCGAAGAAUGCGGGGCCGCAGCUCAAGUUGGGACCCAAGUUCCCGCUGAGCGAGAGGUUGGCGGACGAAGUGCAGCGCGAGGCUACGGAGGAGGUAAGAGACGAAGAGGAGGAGCGCAAACAGAGAGAGAAGAAGGAGAGAGGCACUUCACCUCCCGCUGAGAAAGGGCAGAAGGACGGAGAGCAGAUGGAUGGGGUCGAAACGUCAACAGCAGACAAGCAGGGCGAGAACGACACAAGUGAAUCUCCACGUAAGCGCUCCAAGUCAAAGGAAGCCACACCCGCCCGAGCAAGUCGAGCAGGUACGGGCACACCUGCCCCAGGUGCAAAGGCGUCAGGCUCAGUCGCGCCGCAGUCAGGCAAGGACAAGGGAGGCGCCACGAACCUUGGUGGUGAUGAGGACGACCGUAGCGAUCUUAUCCAACCUACAGUCGCCGACCUGCCCCCACAAGCCCCACUGUUCCGCAGCGUGGACAUCAUGCGAGAGGUGGCCAAGCUACGCGAUGCCCGCAAAAGUCUCCGGAUCGACCCAUCUCUCCCGGCAUCAUCCUCCUCCGGUAGCACAACAACGCCAUGGAUGCGUCGCGCUGCCCUUCCGAGCAUCUGCGCGUACACCUAUCACGAUGUGGGCGACGCGGGCUUGACGUGCUCCACCUUCUCCGAGGACACGACUUUGAUGGCCGCCGGCUUCGAGGAGAGCUACGUGCAGAUUUGGAGCCUGAAGGGGGAGCCCUUAGCAGGCUUGAGGGGGGAUGUGCACCUUCCCGACGUGAGGGAUCGAACUAGCUUGGAGCGACAGAGGGUCAAGGUGAAGCGCCAAAGACCAAAUGGACAAGAGGACGAAGGGGAGGACCCGGCGUACUUGAGCACCCGCAAGCUGAUCGGCCAUUCCGGACCGGUCUACUCACUCUCAUUCGACAACGUAGGCGGGACGGCCUCAGCGCCGCGCACCCUCCUCUCAUCUUCGGCAGACAGCACCGUCCGCCUCUGGUCCAUGGACACGCUCAGCGCACUCGUCUCCUAUCGGGGUCAUCAGGGCCCAGUCUGGAACGUGGAGUACUCCCCUUCGAGCAUCUACUUCGCCACAGCAGGAGCGGAUAGGACAGCAAGACUGUGGAGCACGGAGCGCGCUCACGCUUUGAGGAUGUACGCGGGACAUCUAAGCGACGUCGACUGUCUCUCCUUCCACCCGAACAGCCUCUACCUGGCCACUGGAUCAAGCGAUCGCACUGCAAGGCUGUGGGACGUACAGCGCGGGGCUUGCGUGCGCCUAUUUGUCGGCCAUUCUAGCCCGGUAGGCUGUGUUAAAGUCUCCCCCGAUGGUCGCUACCUUGCGACAGCGGGGAGUGGCAACGGUGGUGGCUCAGGGCUAGGAGCGGCUUCAGGAGAGGAUGAGGCGAGCAUCUCCCUCUGGGAUCUCGGAUCGGGUCGAAGGAUCAAGAAGAUGUGGGGCCAUCAGGGGAGGAUCAACUCGCUCGACUUUACCGCUACGGGCAACGUCCUGAUCUCGGCUGCCGACGACUGUACAGUUCGCUGUUGGGAUGUGCGCGGUACCGGUGGGGCAAAGGGCGCUUCAGCCAGCCCUGAGGAUGGCGAUGUAGCGGGAAUCUCAAACGGUGGAGCAGGAGGAAACGGCGUUAUUCCCGGCUCGGGUGUGCGAGUCGAGGAUGCCAGCGCUGACUGUGUCGCUACUUUCAGGACGAAGCGCACCCCGAUGGUGGAUGUGAGGGUCACGCCGAGGAACCUUUGUCUGGUGGCAGGCGCGUACGAUGCUGGGCCGCUGAGUGGGAUGGAUGGGGAGAUGUAAUGAUGGAUGGUAAACACGUGUAGAUUAGAGAGAAGAGGGAAUAAAAGCAAUGUACAUUGUGACCCCUCUCGCUCAUCAUGCCGUCCACCCUAGCCGAUCGAAUAACGCCGGCAGUGGCCCUGCGGCAACAAAUCCGAUCGCAGUGUAGACGAGCACCUUGGUCAGCACAUCAACAUCGUAAUGCUUGACCUCCGUUGAACCGCUCUUGUUCGCCUGCUGAGCCGCUUCUUCCUGCUUGAUGCGCUCCUCCUCGCUCAAGUUGGCAGCCAGUGUAUUCGCGACUUUGUCUGAUGGUAGCUCGGUGC